UGUGUGUUUAUUAUGUGGGUUUUAAGGAGUCGCUGCUAACGAGCACAGAGAGCCUCGUCUUCAAACAUGCUCUGAUUCCAACAGCUGGCAGGUUUGGAGGACAGAGAUGGCAGUGUGUGCACUGACCAUGCUGGAUGGGAUGGAGGAGGAGGUCACGGCUGCCGGUGGUGUGUUGCUCCUGGUCCUCGCCCUCGUCUUCGCUUGGCUCUCAACCCAUGUGGCUGACCGGGGCGACCACAUCCUAGGCACCAUCCUCACCGUGGGCGCUCACGCCUCUCUGAUCGGACUGGGAGGUCACGACAGCUACAGCGGAGGGUCGACCAGCUCCGAUGCCCCCGAGCAGCAGACUCCUCCGCCUUCUCAGGAGAACAAGCCGGACGAUGGCGAGCCGGGGACGGAGAGAGGAGAUGGCGAGGGGACGGGGGAGGGAGCUGAGGGGGUCAGGACGGAUCCCCUGCUGGACAUACGGAGCAAACAACCACAGGCUGGAAGACUGCACACUUCAGAUGAGGAGGAGGAAGAAGAUGAGGAGGACGAUGAGGAGGAGGAGGAGCUGGAGGAGGAAGAUAAAAAGAUUAUAAAGCAUAUUUCAAUGUUGUCCAGCACCAUCUCCUCCUCCACCACCACUACUACUGCCACUUCCAUCUCUCUCCGUCUCAAGUAUUUAAAUGACACGGAGGAGGUUGCUGUUGUAGAACCACAGGAUACAGUGGGAGAACUGAAAAGUAAAUACUUCUCAGGUCGGGAGCAUCAAAUUAAACUAAUCUACCAAGGCCAGUUGCUGCAGGACCCCAAGAAGACUCUGUUGUCCCUAAACAUCACACACAACAGCGUGAUCCACUGCCACAUCUCCCAGGCCCUGCACGAGCCCACUCCAGAGGAAGGGGCGCAGUCCGGGGCUGGGGCAGGAGUCGGGUCUGGGGUCUCUGGAGGAGUCAGGGCCGCCGGUGUAGCCAUCAGCACCAGCAGCCUGGUGGUGCCCGUGUUCGUGGUGAUACUGGCUGUAGUGUGGUACUUCCGCAUCAACUACAGGCAGUUCUUCACCGCCCCUGCGACCAUCUCCCUCGUGGGAGUCACUGUGUUCUUCAGCUUUCUGAUAUUUGGGAUGCACAGCCGCUGAAAAGGCAGAGAGAAGUUACACACACUUGAAUGUUGUGAGGUGAAAUAAAAAUAACCACAGCAGUAGGUGGCGCCUGGAGAGAGAGAGACUAAUCAAAACAAGGCUUGGUGCGAAUGCCGCAGCUGAUUGGAUCCCUGCGGAGUGUGUGCGUGGGUGGCGAGGUGAGCCUGUUUGUGCAUGUACCAAGAUAAAACAACAGAUGAGUGAUUGUACAGUUUGUGGAGUAAACAAUAAUCCACAGUUGGUGAAACUGAAAUGCUUCUCUCCAAACAUGACUUAGUGGUUUACACCAUGUUUAAACACUCUGGCUUUAUCUUGUCUGCUCUUUUAUUGCUAAAAGAUUCAUGAUGCUUUCUUGUUUGUUUUUUAGGCCAUCGUUCCUGUGUUUAAAAAAUAAUUAUAAUAAUAAUUAACUGAUAGAUGCAAGAAUCUUUCGGAACCACUCACUCUUGUGCUGUGUGUGCCAGUUUAACUUUCAUUAUUUUGUGUUUUUUGAAUGAGUCGAGCUCU